GUGAGCUGUGAUUGGUCACAGCUUGUCACAUGGUACAAGGCUGUUGUGAAUAGCCUUGUACCAUGUGAUCUCUGUGAUAAUUCGCAGAUUUCACACAUAGUAAGCAAUGAUGUCAGAAGUGAUAUCUUGCUUACUACUCUGCAUGUGAUCACUGAUUGGUCAAUCAGUGAUCACAUGAUCGGGUCCUCGCACACGACGAUCGGUGUUCCUCUGUGUCCGGAGGACAGAGCGGGAACUGGACUGCGGUGCUGCACACUCCCAGGGAGGAGCGCGUGCAGGCAGGGAGGACGUUUAUAA